AUUGCAAUAUAUGCAAUAUAUAUACAUCAGUAUCUAUUGACAGUGAUUACACAUCCAGCGAUAAAAGCGAUAGUAAGCAAUAGUAAGAUAGCAGGUACCUAAUCGCAAGUUCUUUGUCUGCCUUGCUGCUACACCUGCUGCACAAUAAAAGAUUCUCAUCGAAUAUUUGCGUGUUUUAGCAAAAGCAGAAUUUUUUAAGUAAUUUUGGAGUAGGUUAAUUAAAUAUAAGGAUGUCUUCCGCAGGGUGUCUCGUGUUCCUCUCUUUUGCAUUUCGUGUGGGGCACUCAGAAGGACCUCUGUGCCACAGGAGAAGUUUGCCAAAUUAUUUUUAGCAAAGACAGAAUUUCUUAAGUGAUCUCGGGGUAGUUUUUUGAAUAUAAGGGUGUCUUCCGCAGAUUGUAUCGUGUUCCUCUCUUUUGCAUUUCGUGUGCGGGACUCAGAAGGUCCUCUGUGCCAAAGGAGAAGUGUGCCAAAUUAUUUUUAGCGAAGGCAGAAUUUUUAAAGUGAUUUUGGGGUAGGUUUUUGAGUAUAAGGGUGUCUUCCGCAGGGUGUAUCGUAUUCCUGUCUUUUGCAUUUCGUGUGAGGCACUCAGAAGGACUUCUCUGUCAAAGAAGAAGUGUGCCAAAUUGUUUUUUAAUAAUCGCUCCAAAAACGUUCCAAACUUCAAUUAGCUUUUUUCUCUUUCAAAGCUCUUUAAUGUAGCUUAAAAUACAGAACGUUUUCGGACAAAGAAACAGAGCACGUCCGUUCAGGUUGACAGCUCCGAAUCAAAUCUGACGAGCACGUCCGCGUAAACAGCGUGGUUGCUAAGGAGGACGCCGCGCAGCCGAGAGUCGAAAUGCAUCGUGCGUCCAGCGCGAUCGUAACAAUAUGUACAUAAUCUAAAUAAUGUACAUAAUGUACAUAAUAAUAAUAAAAAUGUAAAUAAUGUAAAUAUGGAUAUAAAUAAUAAACACAUUGAUGAACACAUCAAUCAUCAAAGAGCCGUUGAUAAUUUCAUGCAUAUGGAUGAAGAAAAUGCAAUGGACAUCGUAGACGAAUUUGACGAAAAUGUGCCUGAGCUCAUUUUUGAGACGGAGAAGAAAGAGGAUCGCAAGAGUAUGGUGUCUAAAGACAGCCAGUAUAUGAGUGACUGUAGUGAGGAGUUCUAUGAAGCUCGAGAAAAAGACAUUUCUAUUUCACAAGUGCGGGCACUAAACAUGGAAACUAAACAUUGUUCCAUUUAUUGUUUCUAUAAAACUGAAGAAACAUAUGGUACAGGCACAUACAUUGCAUGUGCCGAAUGUAUGAUCGGAGUGGCGAUCAUGGAUGCCGAUAAAAGGUGCGUCGUGCGUGAACACUUAACGAACACGGUUCUGCAAUUAACGGCAAAUAUUGCUCUAAUUGCAGAAGACCAGUUUUCAUCUUAAUUCCGUGCAACAUUUGUCCUAUUUGCACACACUAAAAUCAAUCUACCUAUCAAGUCACAGUCGUAGUUACAACAAUCGUCACACGUACAAUCCGUUUACCAAUACAACAAUAGCCACAGUCUCAACCAUAGUCACCAUGCCCACUACUACUUCUACUAUUAAUACAUGGAGAGGCGCACCAUAUAAGAAGAACAUCACCAUACAUCAGUCGCUCAUUACGAACAUUCUCACUACAGUCGCUUAUUAUAGACAUCGGAAGGGUUCCCGACAACGUUAACUGCUGGAGUCGAUCGGAAAAAACGUACGAGAUGAACUACUAAAUUCCAAGUUCCAAUUCAGGAAAACGAAGCGUGCGAUAAACCAACAGUAUCACAGCCGCGCCAUACUCCCCGCAUCCUGAGAAGAUUUUCCCUUACGGCUACCUCAUACAAAUAUUUGGACAUGGGAAUCAGCAUGGGGCCUGAGCCUUUUGUGGAGAUGAUUCUUGGCGACAAGGGCAAUGAGAUACAACUUCCACAUGAUGGUAAUGAUGAAUCAGAAACGUACGAAUAUCGAGCGGCUCCUGCAGUCAACCAUCACUAUAUGGAUUCAACUACAUCGCUAUGGAUUGAUAAUCUUCAUAUAGAAGUCAUCAAAUUACGAGAGUGUUAUAAAAUUCACUUUAAAUAACAAAAUUAUGCACAUAAAACCAUCAACUGUACAAUUUUUACUUAAAUUUGAAAAUAUUAUUAAUAAUGUAUAUUUUAAGUUGUGGCAUGAUAUGCAUGUAGUUAAAGAAAAAUAUAAUAAAUUUGUAAACUGCUUGCAACGAGAUAAUAUUUGUAACGAGUGUGACGCACUCAAAUUAUUAAAUGAAAAAUGCGAUAAAACUUGUAUAAUAGAUUGCGAAUUAGUAACUUAUGCAUUUGACAAUAUUAUAUAUGAUGCUUUGCUUAAUAAAUAAAUAAAUAUGUAUUUUGUAUAAAAGUUUAAAAAUUAUUUAAGA